AUGGGUAGGUGUGGCGGUGUGGGAUGGGGCAGCCCGGAGUGGGCGGCGGGGUGGCGGUGCCCGGCCAGCGGCAGGGAUGCCGUCCCGGGAGGAGCAUCCCUCCAGCCGCAUCCCUCCGAGCCGGGUGAUGCGGGUGGAAAAACUACUGGCAAGUCGGUGCUCUGCUUUGGAUUCCCUUUGAGCAUUUUCUUCAUCGUCAUCAAUGAGUUCUGCGAGCGGUUCUCCUACUAUGGCAUGAAAGCUGUGCUCACUUUGUAUUUCACACGUUUCCUACACUGGGAUGAUAACUUUGCCACUGCCAUCUAUCACACGUUUGUUGCUCUGUGUUACUUGACGCCGAUCCUUGGAGCAAUCAUUGCGGACUCUUGGCUGGGAAAGUUUAAGACCAUUCUCUACCUGUCCAUUGUCUAUGCUAUUGGGCAGGCAGUGCUGUCUGUGGGCUCCAUAAGUGAACUGACGGGUGGCUCUGCCAAUAAUCUAGCACUAAACAUUGCUCUGUCAAUGAUUGGCUUGAUCCUUAUUGCCCUCGGUACUGGUGGGAUCAAACCUUGUGUGUCAGCAUUUGGUGGAGAUCAGUUUGAAGAUGAUCAGGAAAGGCAAAGAGGCACCUUCUUCUCUCUCUUUUAUUUGUCCAUUAAUGCUGGAAGUCUCUUAUCUACUCUAAUCACUCCAACUCUCAGAGCUUCAGAAUGUGGCAUCCAUACCAAACAGGAAUGUUACCCACUUGCUUUUGGAGUUCCUGCUAUCCUCAUGGCUGUUGCCUUGGUUGUGUUCGUAACUGGAAGCAAAAUGUACAAGAAAGUUAAACCACAAGGAAAUAUAAUGCUUGAAGUUUCCAAUUGUGUUGGAUUUGCCAUCAAAAACAGGUUUCGGCAUCGCAGCAAACAGUUCCCCAAGAGAGAGCACUGGCUGGACUGGGCGAGUGAGAAGUAUGAUAAACGACUGAUUGCUCAGACAAAGAUGGUGUUGAGGGUGCUUUUCCUUUACAUCCCUCUCCCCAUGUUCUGGGCGGUUUUUGACCAGCAGGGGUCAAGAUGGACACUGCAAGCCACAGCAAUGAAUGGGGAUUUUGGUUUUCAAAUUCAACCAGACCAAAUGCAGAUUGUGAAUCCAAUCCUGAUUGUUAUAAUGGUCCCAGUUGUAGAUUCUGUGGUUUAUCCUUUAAUCAAGAAAUGCAAGCUGAAUUUUACUCCCCUGAAGAAGAUGACUGUGGGGAUGUUCCUUGGCUCUAUGGCUUUUGUUGCUGCUGCCCUUGUGCAAGUGCAAAUAGAUAAAACCUAUCCAGUUUUCCCUGCAGCUGGGCAAGCUCAAAUCAAAUUAAUCAAUGUGGGUGAAAUUCCUGCAACAGUUCAGUUCCAGCCUCAACUUGGAAGUGUGGAUGUAGCACCUAAAAAGGAGAGUGGCUACAUGAUAUUUGAGACUUCUAAACUGCAAUCAUUACACAUAACUGCUGCAGUUCUAAAUAAAACGGAGUCUUUGGAUCUGCUAGAGAGAGAACGCUACACUUUGGCAUUUAAAUGGGAUUCAACACACAUCAGUUCUAAUUUGAUAUGGGACAACAUCACAUCAAAACCAGAAAAUGGAAGAAGUCUCGUCAGGUUCAUAAACAACUUGCCUUUUACUGUCAAUGUUACUAUGGGGGACACGGAUUUUGGAGAACUGGACUUUCUUUCUGUCACUAAUUACAGUGUCGUUCCAAAACCAGAUGGGUCAUAUACCAUUAAUGCUUCAAUGCCUGAGGCCGCUUGUACAGUUGUUUCAAAGAAAUUUGGAUAUGGCAGUGUCUAUACCAUUUCACUUGAUUAUUGUGCUGAAAACAAACUUAGCGCAACUUAUUUUGAAGAUAUUGCACCAAAUACAGUCCAUAUGGCUUGGCAGAUCCCUCAGUAUUUUCUUCUGACAUGUGCAGAAGUGUUGUUCUCUGUCACUGGGCUGGAGUUUUCCUACUCACAGGCCCCAUCUAACAUGAAGUCAGUGCUGCAGGCAGGAUGGCUGCUGACUGUGGCUGUUGGUAACAUAAUUGUCCUUAUCGUGGCUGGGGCAUCCACAAUUGACAAGCAGUGGGCAGAGUAUGUGCUGUUUGCUGCUCUGCUGUUACUAGUUUGCAUCAUUUUUGCUAUAAUGGCUUCUUUUUAUACUUAUAUUGAUCCAAAUGAGAUUGAAGCCCAGUUCAGCAAGGAAGAAAAGGAAGAAGACAAGAAGGAUCAAGAUGACAAUGAAAAGGAAGGUGAAGCUUACUCUCAAAUGUAA